CGGAAACACCCGAAAUGUUUCAUGAGACAGGUCUGGUUUCCUGUAAAGUCUUUAGGCAGUCCUUCUGCAUUUUACGAAUGCUAAAUCUGCAGGAUUUAAACAACACUCAUGACUUUUCAAAAUCACUUCUAUUUAGCUCCACCCCGCUGAUAUUUUGCAAGCAGCUUGACAGACAAUGCGAAAGUUAAACAGUCAAGCAGGCGACAGUAAAUCAGUAGCUGAUCGGACGAAGAUGGAACAAAGAAGGCGUCACAAUCCUAAAGAUAGCACCCUGAAAUUUGUUACUCGACCAGAUGACAUUACACUUGAUGAUGAUCCCAACACCCAGAGAUUAGAAAUGUCAUGUGGACAUGCUGUCACACCGGAAUCCCUCACAGCCUACUGCCGCAGUCUUCUGGAUCAGGGUCAUUACAAGUUCCCAUGCCCGGCUAUAAAAAAGGGAACUGAUACCUGUGGGGCUGAGUGGCCAUACAUGGAAGUGCGGAGGAUUGCUUUACUGACUCAAGAAGAGCAGAACCACUUUGAAGAGAAAAUGGCAGAACUAGCAGCAGCUAAGUACUGUGAAUUCAAUACAUGCCCUGGGUGCAGUUCAUAUGUUGAAAGGCAAGAUUUGACCAACCUGUGUGUGCUUUGCACCAUCUGUACCUCAGAUACUGGUGAGAGGUAUGAGUUCUGCUGGCAGUGUCUGAAGACGUGGAAAGGCCCAGCACCUCGCUCAGACAAGUGUGGCGACAGAAACUGCAUUAACUUAAACCUUGAGAAGCUCUUAAAAUGUGAGGAUACAACCCUUCCUGAAGUUGAAGACAUAGUAUGUCCCUCACUGCGAGCUUGUCCAACAUGUGGAAACCUGAUAGAGCAUGACAGAUCAGGGUGUAAGAAUAUAAUAUGUAAUCGCUGCCAUAUUGAAUUCUGCUUUUCUUGUCUGAAGAUAACUGAAGAUUGUCUAGAAACAAGCUCACACUAUGAACCUUGCUCAGAUGGUGUAGCACCACGACAAACAUCCAUUCCAACCUGGAGAAAGUAGGUCACUGAAAUCUUGCCACAAAAUAAACACCAAAAAGCACAGUUAUUGCAUAGCUUAAUUGUUUUUGAAUAACUUAAUAGAUUAAUACAAAAUACAACUCAAAUUUAAUAUGAUUAAAGCUAAAGCACAACAGUCAACAGUCACAAAAAAUCUAUCUUCAAGAUAUUAUUGAAAAGCAUAUUAUGUUUGUAUUUAUUGUUAUAUGUAUAUUUCGUAACAACAUCAUUUUAAUUUACAACAUAAUUUUAAUUAUGUUGUAAGAUGGUUUAAUCACGCUGAAUAUUACAUGAUAUAUUGAAUAGAUUCCUCAUGGGGUAUCCCAAAUAUGUGUAAAUAAGAAAACUAACAAAUAUAAUCAUUAAUUCAAAUUGUAUAUAACCAUAAAUAACAGAAAGUAAACCCUACUACAAUUUUAUAUUUUUUAAAUUUUACAUUCAUUGAUGUUUGAGGGAAUUUGUUUAUAUACAGCGCUCUUUUAAGAUACCACCACAUCAUCUCUAAGUAAGAAGGGUGUACUUAUUUAUUACCACUGUUUCUCAAUGUUGUCUUAUGUUUUGGAUUGUGGUUUUGUAGAAGUUGGUGAAUACCACACAACUGUUAUUUAGACACUGGUAAAUAAAAAUAGAAUUGAAGGAGGGUAAAGAUUAUGGAUAUGCUAUGUAGUUCAUGUAGACACAUAUAUUCAUAUAUAGUUAUGCUGUCAAGUUUCUAAUGAAUAAAAAAAGAUCAGUUUCCUUGCA